AUGUCAGAUCCUCAACCUUUUUCGGAGGUGAAACCAUCCAGUUUCGACGAAGUGUUGACUCCUGGGCAGGCAAAACAGCGCAAGAAACUUGCUUGUGUAGAGUGCCGACAACAAAAGUCCAAGUGCGACGCUCACGAGAAGGCUCCGAAACCAUGUACCAGGUGUCAGAAAAAAAAGAUCCCGUGUGUUUUACAGAAGGACUUUAGAAGGACUUAUAAAAGGGUUAGAAAUGAGGCCAUUGAACAACGAUUCAAAGAAUUAACAAAAUCGUUGAGUAACUUGGACGCAGACGAAAUCCUGAAGAAGAUACAAGAGGAACAGCAAGCACUGCUCGAUCAAAGUAACUUCACGAAGGAAAAAGUGAAAAAACUGCGACGUGCCAAUCCUGACUCCAGAAGUGAUGAAGCCUUGACAUCGGCCGACGACAGUCCUAGUGUUAAGACAGAAUUUCACGUUACACCAGGCAUUCCAAUCACCUCAACUGCACUUGAGGAAGAAGCUGCGAGCAGCGAACUUUUGCGAUGCGCCCCAAAAUCGCUUGGUGACGUUUAUAUGUCGACCGAGGACAUUGCUGAAAUAUAUACCGAAUUUGUUCACCGGUAUCAUCCUUUCCUGCCUGUGGUAGAUGUAUCCAAGGGGCCCGAAAGAAUUUUUAAUCUAUCACCUUGUCUGUUCUGGGUCAUAAUGCUUGUAGGGCUCCGUCGAAAAUUCAGGAGCACUGGCACCAUGACAAAACUGUCCAAAUUGGUCAAGUCUAUCCUGGCCGAAAUUACAAUAUCACCGAUCAUUAGAUAUGUUCCCACUGAAAGUGACGAACCCGUGUUAAAUGUGGCGUCAGUGUACUCAGUGCAAGCUUUUCUGCUGUACACCUUUUGGCCACCGCUCACAUCCUCACUUAGUGCGGACACCUCAUGGAAUACUAUGGGAUCGGCCAUGUUUCAAGCAAUUAGGGUGGGUCUGAACUGUGCCGAGUUUUCAAAAGAGUAUGUUACAACAAAUUCUGAUCACGUCCAGGAACAGGUAAGAACUUGGAUUUGCUGUAACGUCGUAUCGCAAACCAUUGCAUCGUCAUUUGGCUUUCCAGCUUUUGUAUCUUUCGACCAUACUGUAAUCAGUUCCUGCCGAAUUAGCUCAAGAUCUGAUAGCCCGCGAGGUCAUGCCACAGUUCCAGAGUCAAUCAAGCAGAUGAUGCAUAUUGCUCACUUCGAAAACCAACUCACCAAAACAAUGAAUUCAAACCCAGUCAAUGCCUUGGGGAUGGUUGGAGGUGAGCAGAAGCUGCCACUCUUACAUGUUUUAGAACAACAAUUGGCAGAACUUGAAAUUAGACUGCGACAAGGUUCUUUGGACGACAUUCGUAAAUUUCUGCUGCUAGUGGCCAAAGUUCAUUUGUUAACGUAUUGCUUCACAGGGGUGAAGCCAUUCGAAAGCACAACAGAGGGUACUGGAUUUGAAAUAACGGUAAGGGAUGCCGAGAUGAAUUUUGAAGUCAAGCAAGGAUUUGUAAAAGUGUACAAUGCAUCCAUGGAACUUUUGAUACAUACGACUUCAAUGUGUGACGCGGAUCCUAAGAUUAUCAAAUUUUUUCCGGGGGUUUUUGUUAUCAACAUAUGGCAAACAGCGUGUAUCAUCAGCAAACUCUCACACUCUUCGUUGCGUCCGGUUUUGAAUUUAGAGUUGGGAAGGAAAGUUUACCAACAAGCUGUUACAUUAACGCUUAACGCUUCUGUACUCAAAUACGAUAUGGCGUAUCGAUCCUCAGGAAUUAUGAGAAGCAUAUGGAGCAUGUUUGGCAACAUGCAUAGUCAGUGGGAUGCUCAGCAAUCCCAUGAUCGUUUGCAAAUAGGUAAAGACUUCAAUUUGGACAUUACCAUAAAGUCAAGGAUGGCCGCUAGUGUUUUCUUCGAUUGUUUGUACAAACUGCGAGAAAAAUGUGGGAUGGCUAAGCUAAAGAGAGAACAACGAUCUGACUCCGACGAUGACGGGGGCCUGGGUGAAAAUGAGUUAGGGAAGCGUGAUAGAAGGUUAUCAGGAACACAGGAAGCGGAAGAAAAUGCUAGAAAAUUGAUCAAGACCAUCCCAUUGGAUCCCGAGCCCAUAAAUGCCCCGAUCGGAAACAUUCAGCCGACCACGUCGACUACCGAGCCGACGGACGUCGUGUCGCUACGAAACGUACUUAAUAAAAGGCUUCUCACUCCUGCCACCGACAGCAUUCCAUCAAUCCCCAAUCAGUACGGACAUGUUGACGUUGCACAACAGCCACUGGCCGCUGGUCCUCCAGUGUUCACUCCUGAUGCUUUGAUCGAUCGAAAUCUCUUUGAUGCACGGUUCAUCACACGUGAUGGACCAGAGGUACAAGAAGCUACUACAAUCUCGUCUUCCCACCGGAGCAACUCACCAACGCCGAUGGAUCAUUGGGAUAACUGGGAAUCUGACACUGUUUGGAAAGAUGUGGAUAUUUUGAUGAACGAAUUUGCGUUCAAUCCCACGGUAUAA